GCAACAUAGUCCAUCAAAUCGACCAGUCUGUUAACGCCGCGCGAGUCGUCUCUACGUAAACGUUAGCGCGCUAAGUUAUUAUUUUUUUUAAAUAUGUUGUUUAUAUUGACAGUUAUAGUGCUGCUGGCGAGUGCACAGGCCAAGUUCUACACUGAUUGUGGAUCUCCAUUGGCCAGCAUAGAGAGCGUCGAAGUCAGCGGAUGUAAAGAUGACGCCAAAGAAUGUAUACUGAGAAGAAACACUAAUGCCAGCAUUUCAAUCACGUUCACGCCAUCAAAAGAUAUAAAAUCUUUAGUGACGGAGGUGCACGGUGUCAUCAUGAACCUGCCGGUGCCAUUUCCACUGCCUCAGCCCAACGCCUGCCAGGACACCGGCCUCGUUUGUCCCUUGAAGGCCGGUACUAAAGCCAGCUACAAAGCAACGUUACCAGUCCUGAAAUCAUAUCCCAAAGUGAAAGUAGACGUGAAAUGGGAGCUUAAAACCGAAGACGACGAAGAUGUAGUGUGCAUCCUAAUAACAUCCAGAAUCAAUUAGAUAUAUGAAACAUUAUACAAAGAAUAUAAAUAAAGUGAUAUCUCUUUUAAAUGUG